UACUUGUGAAAGAUGGUGGAUCGCUUGGCAAACAGCGAGGCAAAUACAAGAAGAAUAAGUAUAGUGGAAAACUGCUUUGGAGCGGCUGGUCAACCUCUGACUAUUCCUGGCCGUGUGCUGAUCGGAGAGGGAGUGCUAACAAAGCUGUGUCGGAAGAAGCCCAAAGCACGGCAGUUCUUCCUGUUCAAUGACAUUCUCGUUUAUGGCAAUAUUGUCAUCCAGAAGAAGAAAUACAAUAAGCAGCACAUAAUCCCACUGGAAAAUGUCACUAUUGAUUCCAUCCAGGAUGAGGGAGACUUGCGGAAUGGGUGGCUUAUCAAGACACCAACAAAGUCGUUUGCGGUUUACGCUGCCACUGCCACAGAGAAGUCCGAGUGGAUGAACCACAUAAAUAAGUGUGUUUCUGAUUUGCUUUCCAAAAGCGGGAAGACUCCUAGCAAUGAACACGCGGCUGUCUGGGUACCAGACUCAGAAGCCACCGUGUGCAUGCGCUGCCAGAAAGCAAAAUUUACGCCCGUCAACCGCCGGCACCACUGUCGCAAGUGCGGCUUUGUCGUCUGCGGGCCUUGCUCUGAAAAGAGGUUUCUUCUCCCGAGCCAGUCCUCCAAGCCUGUGCGGAUUUGCGACUUCUGCUAUGAUCUUCUUUCGACUGGGGAGAUGGCUGCUUGUCAGUCCACCAGAUCAGACUCCUACAGCCAGUCACCUAAAUCGUCUUUAAAUGACGUAUCUGAUGACGAUGAUGACGAAGACAGCAGUGAUUAAGGACCAAAUGUUUUUUCCAUGUGUUGCAAUUUGUGUUUCAAACCAUAUGGAGCUGCUUUUGGGGAAGUCUGCAGUGAGGUUCCUCAGAAAAAUCCUGUUCUAGCCAUAAAAUAUGCCUGAAUCUCUUCAAUUGCGAUGUGCCUCAAUCUAUGAAUUCUCUAGACAGUAGGUUUUUCACUCCUCUGCAGGGGUAGACUGUUGCAAAUGUUAUCAGAAUAUUUUCCAACUUCUUAUACUUGAGUUGUGUCUAGCUUAGACUUUUGUGGAAGAUUGGAGAAUAAAAUGUGUUUUCUUAAUUUAACAACCCAUACUUCCUAAUUCUUCAUAUCGAUAUGUUGUUAUCUGGAUUUUUUUGAAUAUGGGGAAGAAAACUGCAAGCA